GGUCCAAGGUCCGGCCCGGUGGGGGUUGUGGAGGUGAGGGCUGACAUCCUACUGCAAAAUGAAGCACAUGUUCGUCCUCCUCACUGUCCUGCAGCUCCUCGCUGCUGCCGCCGCCGUGUACAAGCAGUGGAUCCCCAACACCAAUUUUGAAACCAUCUCCAACUGGGAUAAAGGCAGAGUCCCCUGUGCCAGAGACAUGGUUCAUUUUGAGAAGAACAAGGACAUCUCAGUCUUCGUCAGGUCUCCCCACAUGCUGACAGACAUGUACCUGCCCCUGAAUGGAGAAUUUGUGCUGGCAUCAGGUGCGGGAUUCGCAGCUUUUGAUGGCAGCUGGGAUCCAGGCUGUGACUCAGGUGCAACGCUGAGGUUCACUGAUGCCGAGAACCACACGUGGUUCAACCCCAUGCUGUGGCAGGUUGUCCCCCCUGGCAGAGAGCUUGAGGCAAAUGGGCACCUCUUCUCUGUGGAUGAGGAACGUGUCCCGUGUCACUAUGAUGAUGUUAUCUUCCAGCCCCAAACCUCCUUCCGGGUAAACAUCGACUCAUCACAGCAAGUGAUUCAUCUCCGCAGCAUCUCUCUCAUGGGCCAGGAGCUCAGCAGCCCUGAGGCCUGGGCUGAGUACCUGCAGGCUUCCUCUGCCCAGCUGCAGUUUCAUGGCAAUGGCACUCUGCAGGUGACAGGCACUGGCUGUCCUGACAAGUCUGGCUGCCCCUGUGGGAACAGCCUGGAUGGCCACCGCAUCUGUGCAGCCCUGCUCAGGGCAUCGGGGAGUCAGUGCCCAACACCAGCCUGCAGGAACCCUUUGCAACCCCUUGGCCACUGCUGCAGGGUCUGUGGAGCCAUCAUUAACCUGGAUUUCACUCCCGAUUUUGACCUACAGAAGUACCAGGACAGACUGGUGCAAUCCUUCCUGAGCCAGCCCAAGUAUGCCAGCGUGCAGAUGGCCAUAUCCAAGGUGCACAAAGCACAGACCUUCCUGGGACUCGUUCCCCGAAGCUCCACUCCUCUGAUCCAAAUUGUGCUGAUUGAUGAUGGAGCAGGAGCACAGAGUGGCACUGCUGCAGAGCAGCUGGCAGCAGACAUCAUGGAGGACAUAGCACAGAAUGGUGAAGCACUUGGCAUUACAAGUGGCAAAAUGGAGGUGGCCACUGGCAGCACUGGCAGCACUCAAGUGGGGAGCCACACACUGAGUGGGAUUGCAGUGGAGACCAUCCUGGGGCUACUCCUUGGUCUCCUGUUCCUUGGAGGGAUCCUCUUGCUCUACAGAAAGGGAAAACUAAGGUUGCCCACCCUGCAUCUCAGCUGGCCCUGGAACAGAUUGGAGGACUUGGUGUCCCCUGCACCAUCCAGCAAGAAAGGCUUUGACAAUCCCAUGUUUGAUGUGGAGCCACCAAGCAUUGACUCUAGAGAGGAGACACAGCAGGACAUGGCUCACAAAAACCACCAGGUCUUCUACCUCAACCCUCUGUACGAUGCAAGUGAGAUGGAGAUUUGAUGGUGUGGCCUCAUGCUGGGGGCAGCCACCUCCUCUCUGGGGAUACCACCACCUCUCCAGCCCUCACAGCCCCUCACAUCAUCCCUGCUGGGAUCUAAACCACAAGCAG